ACGUACACAACCCACACUGCCUCCCAUAAUCCCUAGAAAACGUUUCCAUUCCACCGCCUUCCCCACUUUAUUUCUCUGUCUCUCUCUUCUCAAUUUACCACCACCCACAAAAAUCUCCAAAACCCCGAAUCCCACAAAAUUUUUACAGAUUCAUCUUUCCACCGCCUCCCCCUUUAUUUCUCUCUGUCUCUCUCUUCUCAAGCUCCACCACCAUUACCAGUUUACCACCACCCACAAAAAUCUCCAAAACCCCGAAUCCCACAAAAUUUUUACAGAUUCAUCUUACUUCCAAAUUUGCUCCAAUUCUUCUUGUUGUACUCCCAAUCUGAAGAUUAUGAUCAAUCCCAACGAAAUUACGAGUCUUACAAUCACAACCCUCAAGAAACCUCAACUAAUUAUGAUGGGUUGCACUAGCAGAAGUGAUGGAAUGAGAAUGACAACCGGUGGGAGAAAGAAGAAAUCAUGUGGGUGAUUUUGUUGUCUGACUCGCGAGUUGACUCGGCCAAACUCGGUAAGUUUUACUGAUUUCUUAUUGAUUUGAGUUGACUCGGUAAAUAUCGACCGAGUCAAUCCGAGUCAACUCGGAUUCCGGUGAAACGGCGAUGCGGGUGUCGGUAUCGUACCGGUGAGUCCCGUUCCGGUUAUGACUCGGCCGAGUCAACUCGGACUCGGCCGAUUUGGCGAACCAUGGUUGGGAUGGGGCACCCGAAGAAGUCAUGGCUUGUCAUACGGAUGUUAAGCUUUCUGAUUUACUUCAGGAGGUUAAGCCCUCUAGUUCAGAUUUGAUGGAGAUGUUCAUUCAACUUCUGAAAGCUUCGUUGCCAAUGGGACCAGGAACGGCAAAAACAGAUGCAAUCACAAGCUUUGUCAACUUUCUCCUGGAAAACACGGUAGAAUCCCUCAAAGAUCGAAUCAGUUCCAUUCAUGAGGAGCUAAUAUGCCUCAUGAAAUUUCUAAUGGUUCUACCAGAUGAGUCGACUAGAGAUUUGGAAAGGAUCUCAUCAGAUAUCAGAGCAGCCGCUACGGAUGCUGCAUCAUUUCAGGUCAACGAAGUGACAGAAGAGCAAGUCGCUGAAAUGAGUCUUGUUCUGUCAAGGCCUCUUCACAGGAUGAAGCUGAUCAAAGCGGAGAUCAUUCUGAUGCAGCUGCUAGACUCUCAAGAAGUUUUUAUGGUGUCAAUGAAGGAUAAAUACACAGCCCUCCAUGAAGGGUUGAAAUUCCUAAGAACUGUUCCAAUUUACCUGCCUGAGGAGAAAGAAGAGGAUGGCAAACUAUUCUCCAAACAUGUUGAAGCACUGGGAACCGAGGUGAUAUCUUUCAUAUAUUCAAUUCAUGAAAACAAUUUAAUGCAAGAUCCCGUGAUGGAAAUGAAUCUUUCACUUCAUAUAUUGCUGCUUAAGAUUAAGCUGGUUAAGGCGGGUCUAUCCUUAAUGAGGCUACAUAAUCAUGAAGCUAAUCUGGUAUCCUGUGUUAAGGAUCAUGAAAUUAAAAGCCUUCAUGAGGGGAUGGAGUUCUUGAGAACUUGUCUCAUGGACACCAUAGAUGCUGAGGCUAAUUCAGAGGACUGGGAAUUGUUUGUGCUGCAUCUUGACUCUGUUGUUAGCGAGUCAUCAUCACUUAUUUCGUCAUCUGGUGGCAGUGGAAUGACAGAAGACAUGGCCAGUGAAUUGGAUUUUUCCAUUUUCAGAUUGCUUCUGAAAAUUAAGUUGAUCAAGGCAGAGGUUAUAUUGAUGAAGCUUAAUAAAAUUCCCAAGUUAGGCUUGAUAGUUCACAUGAAUGAUGAAGUUAAAACCCUCCAGGAAGGGGUCAGAUUGCUCAGAACCUUCCUCGUGAAUCCUCCCGUGGAAGAAAUGGAUCAACUGACGUCGGCAAAGUGUGAAGCUACAGCCAAUGAGGCGGCAUCUCUAAUUUUUUCCCUUCGUGAGCAUGUAACCAAAGAGGAAAUGGGCACUGAAAUGAGUUGUUUGCUUUCUGAGUUUGCAGAUAAGAUUGAGCUUUUCAAAGCAGAGAUCCAAGAAACUUGCCUUCAAGUUCUAUUCUCAGAUUGCUGUGAAACGUCUGGAACUAUAGGAAUAUUUGACCUCUUGGACAAUAUAAAGGACAAAGCUAAUUCUGUUGUCUUCGUGAAACAUCACAUUGAAACGCUACUCGGGGAGCUCCAGUUCCUCGAAUCCUUCCUCAUGGAUACUGCAGAGCACUAUAUUUGGCAUCGAGAAUUGAAAGAUCUUUGGGCAUGUAUUACAGAUGUUGCAUCCGAGACGAAGUAUAUCACUGAUUUACUUCUUGUAAGAGAUAAUGCUCUUUGCUACUUUAUGCUGUGGUUUCCUUUAGCAAUGGAAGACCUCAAAAUCAUUAAAGCAAAGAUCAUGGAAAUAUACGACGAGAAAAGGUAUGGCAUUGGUGCCGACAGUGAUGCCACAGCUGAUCCACGGAGAAUUGAUGACGUUGUGGUUGGGCUUGAAGAUGAAACACACAGAAUUAUUGAUCGACUAACAAGAGGAACAAUGAGGAUGGAUAUCAUUUCAAUUGUCGGCAUGGGUGGGAUUGGUAAGACAACUCUCGCCCAAAGAGCUUAUAACCAUCCUGCAGUUGUUCAGCACUUCCAGAUCCGUGCGUGGUGUAUUGAGUCCGUAGAAUAUCAAAGACGAGAGAUCUUACUUGAUAUAUUGCGUGAUGUUACGGUUGUUACUAAUAGAAUUUAUGACAUGCGGGAUGAUGAUUUAGCAGGAGUUCUGUACAAUUGUUUGAAGCAAAAGAGAUACCUCAUUGUUUUGGAUGAUAUAUGGGACACCAAAACCUUGGAUGAUUUAAGAAGAUCAUUUCCAGAUGAUGAUUCGGGAAGUAGAAUUAUGUUGACCAGCCGAAUUGCGGAACUGGCUGCAGAAGCUGAUCCGAUGGCACGCAUCCACUUUCAUCGUUUUCUAACCAUUGAUGAAUCUUGGUUCUUAUUCCUAAAAAAGAAAUUCGAGACUGAAACUUUCGAUUCGUCAUUGAUGGAAGUAGGACAGCGGAUUGUGGAACAAUGCAGAGGACUUCCUCUUGCAAUUGUUAUAAUGGCUGGUGUCCUUGCAAACACAAAAAUGGAAUGUUCCUGUUGGGCAGAAGUGGCACAGAGUUUGUCCUCAAGGACUCGUUUUGUAUCGCUCCUUCCUGUGCUACGAGUUGCUUAUGACAGCUUACCAGAUCACUUGAAGCUCUGCUUUCAUUAUAUUGGAGAAUUCCCAGAUAGGAAAGAAAUUCCUGCUCCAAAAUUGUUCCGACUAUGGAUAAAAAAUGGAUUGAUAAAACAAACUGAGUCAAAAUCAUUGGAGGAUGUUGCAGAGGAAUGCUUGUUGGAUCUAAUAUCCAGAAACUUGGUAACUAUAUCAAGAAGACGAUACAAUGGCAGGGUCAGAGCAUGUCGUGUUCAUGAUAUCGUGCUAGACCUAUGCAUGUCAGUGAAGCAGCAAAAUGGUUGGAAAGCAUCAACACGAGCAGUUGCCUUUUCUGCUGGAUAUCCUGUUGUCGAUAGGGAACAGGCAUGCCAUGAGCUAACAUAUCAAUUUGAAUGGUGUUUGAACUUCCCAUGUUUUGAUUUGAUUGAUUGACCACACGCUCCGUACAUAGAGUUGGUAUAAAAUAUGGUAAAAAUGCGCAAAUUCAUCGUACACUUGCUAAUUGAUGCGGGACAUCCAGAGUUGCAAAGCGGAGUCACGAAGUUUGCCAACUAAUACAAUUGCCGGCCAUACGUCCCCGUGAACAGGAGAUGCGCAGAAUUAAUUCCGAUGGCAGCAAGUAAAAGAAUUUGAGUAGUAGUAGGAAGUAGGAGACUAAUUCAAUUCUGUUUCCUUAUUUAGUAGAAAAAUAUGAAAUAGACUUGGAGAAAAAUUACGAUAUUUCCUUUUUCUUCUUUUUGGUAGUUUCCAGAGAGGAAGGAAGUCAACGGAGACUAGGAGUCUUCCCUCCUAUUCCUUUUGGUAGCCGUAUAGGAGUAGACAAUGGGUAGAUAGGAAUUAGAGAGAAAUAUAGCAUACCAUCUUCAUUAUUUUUAACUUUUGACUUUUUUGUCUUAUUCAUUGUAAUUUCAAUUAUUCAUUCGCUUUGAUCAUCUCAAUUGAGAGACGAUGUAUGCAACAAUUGAUUCUACAA